AUGGCAUUCGUUUGGGUACAGCAGUGGAUCGCUCUUCCCGUCGUUAUCGAAGACCAAAUGGGCGACGUACCUCCAGGCACUGGUCCGCCAACUCUGGACGCAUCGGCAACUGGCCUUGCCCAUGAUGAACACCAGAUUCCAUCGUUCAAAUCAUCUACCAGCAAUGUCCCCUUUCAGUCCCAACUUAGCACACUCCCCCAAGGGCAGGCACGCCCAGACCUUCGCUCACCUACACACUUAACAGGUUCGCACUACCGCUCACAAGAGCUCGGCGCAUCGCCGCUCAACAUGGGCCCGAUGGUUGGCGCUCUUCCAGAAUAUUCAUCUGUCGAUUCCAAUCAAGCGAUGCUCGUACAACAAGCCCAAAGGCCGUUGUCGGGGGCUUCAACUUCUGCACUCGUUUAUCAGCUCGGUCAGAACCUACAAAUGCCGAAUCACCCCGCUAGCAGCAUGCAACAACAAAUGUCGUACGGGUCUGGAUUUGCGCCUGGCCAGUAUCAGCAUGGCUUCGUGCCCGCACAAAACCAACAGCAUCCAUCCUUCAAUCCAUACCAGGCGGCACAGCGACCUUUGCAUUACCCGAACGUCCAACCCUCACAAUAUCUUUACUACCCCUCGCCCUACGGUCAUUCAGGCCAAUUCCCACAAGGAUAUCCACAGCAAGCCGUCCAGGCCCAGACCAUGUACGGUAGACGGCCGAGCUUAAACAAUCCCCAGAUGCAAAUGAUGGGCCAGGCCGCAGAAUUGAGUCCACAGGAUGGUAAUUUCGGCCACGGUAACCGAAUGAUGCACGGGGGAUUGCAUGCAGAGCAUGGUUCAGUGGGCAUUGGAUCUCUUGGUACGGGAGGCAUGAACCGAUCUGGACCUGUCAGCUCGAUCCCUCGAGGACCGCCGCGGAAGCCCAAACAAUCUGGACACGCUCUUUGGGUCGGAAAUUUGCCCCCGGGCACCACAGUGAUCGCACUCAAGGACCAUUUCUCGCGAGAUGCUACAAAAGAGAUAGAGAGUCUUUUUCUCAUUUCUAAAAGCAACUGUGCGUUCGUGAAUUAUCGCACAGAAGCUUCAUGUACAGCAGCUAUGCAUCGUUUCCACGAUUCGCGUUUCAAUGGCGUGCGACUGGUAUGUCGUUUGCGCCGAAGCUCUACAGCAGCGUCCGGAGUACCGACGGGUCCGUCCGCUAUGGUAGGGAGUGUGUCUACUACUACUCCUCCGCCAGCGUCACCCCAGGCUACCGAAAGUGACGAGCCACAAACCGAAAAUGCUGCUGAGCCAGUCACACAGGAGGGCGAGACAGGAAAACAAGCACCCGCAGCUUCUGAAAAGUACUUCAUUGUCAAGAGUCUCACUUUGCAAGAUCUGGAACUCAGUGUUCGGAACGGAAUCUGGGCAACACAAUCGCACAAUGAGGAUGUGCUCAACAAGGCUUAUCAGACCGCAGAAAACGUCUAUCUCAUUUUCUCAGCAAACAAGUCCGGUGAAUACUUUGGAUACGCCCGGAUGUCGUCGCCAAUCCUCGAAGAAGCCAAAGACCUCAUUACCCCAACCCCAAAACCCGAAGUCGUUGACACAACCGACGUGCCAAAAUCAAUCCCAACACCAGCUACCGAAUUCGCACCCAAAGGCAGGAUCAUCGAUGAUUCGGCGCGAGGAACAAUCUUCUGGGAGGCGGAACUGGAGGAGGAGGAGGAAGAGACGCAAAGUAGUGAACAACAGCAACUUCAAAUACCUGAAAGUGAUGCUUCUGUGGUUGCGCAAAGCUGGGGAAAGCCGUUCAAGAUUGAAUGGAUCUCAACGAAUCGGCUACCGUUUUACCGCACCCGCGGCCUUCGCAAUCCUUGGAAUGCCAACAGAGAAGUCAAGAUUGCGAGGGAUGGCACUGAGCUCGAGACAAGUGUUGGGGAACGCUUGAUCCAGAUGUUUCACCGCAUUGGUCCACCAAGUGCAGCGGGCCCUUCGAUGAUACAGGCGGCUCAACUUGGUCCAGCUCAGAUGCGCCCCUUCUAA